AUGGCUUCAGGUUUACCUGCUUCCAAUAGAUCCAUGAGAUCUGAUAGGAAUACAUACAUGGGAAAAAAAUUUGUUCGUGUUACAAAUCCUUGCCUGGUGUGCAUGGAUAAAGAUAUUCUCUAUCACUUGAACUUCGGAACAAAAACACACAACCUGCCAGCAAUGUUUGGAGAUGUAAAGUUUGUUUGUGUUGGUGGAAGCCCCAACAGAAUGAAGGCAUUUGCACAUUUGAUGCAGAAGGAGCUGGGGUUGGAGGCAAGUGGAGAAGACAUGAAGGACAUCUGUGCUGGGACAGACUGCAUGUGUAAAGCUGGUCCUGUGCUCUCCAUCAGUGUAAGUAACCAUGGGCAUGGGCAUCCCUCUAUUUCCAUUAUGCUUUAUGAACUCAUCAAACUACUACACCAUGCAUGGUGCUGUGAUGUUACCAUCAUUAGAAUCGGUAUCUCAGAGGGAAUAGGUGAGAUUAUGCCAGGCUCUGUUGUGAUAACAGACACUGCUGUGGACUUCUUUAAGCCCUGAUUUGAACAGAUAGUUUUGGACAAGAUCAAUCAUACUGAACUCGACAAAGAGCUAGUUGAAGAGCUAUUCAACUGUAGCAAAGAGACUCCCGACUUCCCAACCCUCACUGGGCACACAAUGUGCACCUAUGAUUUUUAUGAAGGUCAAGGACGACUGUGUUCCUUCUCCAGAGAAAAUAAGUUAGACUACUUGAAGAGAACCUAUAAAGCUGGCGUUAGGAACACUGAAAUGGAAUCUACAGUGUUUGCAGCCAUGUGUGGCCUCUGUGGGCUGAAAGCUGCUGUUGUGUGUGUGACACUCCUCGACAGGUUGGACAGUGACCAGAUCAACUUGCCCCGUGACGUUCUGGGAUACCAACAACACCCUCAACUUCUCAUCUGCAAAUUCAUCAAACAGCGGCAGUCCAACCCGCCCCUUCACACUUGUAGCCCAGCUUCUACUGAAGCGUACCCUGAGAGGCACUUGCGACGACUCAAGUGGAUCACUGCCACUCAUAGAGAAAUUAAAAUUGAAUUUCUGGUCCCUGGUUUCAGUUUGGUCCAGAUUCAGAUGUUCUAG